AUGCCGCUACAGUAUAACGGAAAUCUGCUUCAUGCUUCUCCCCAACUGAUUCCCCCUCCAAUGCAAUCCAUGCCUUUCACACCUUCUCAUCAAGAAGAUGUCACUACUAUAUUUGUUGUUGGAUUUCCUGAAGAUAUGAAGGAACGAGAGUUCCAGAAUUUUUUCAUAUUUUGUCCCGGCUUUGAGGCUGCUACUCUCAAAGUCCCCAAUGCUUCCAAUGGCACAAUGGGAAAUGAUGAUCUGACUGGUGGCAAACGACAGAUUAUUGGAUUUGCAAAAUUCCGUACACGACUUGAAGCUUUAGAGGCCCGUGAUACACUAAGUGGCAGAAAAGUCGAUGUUGAAAAAGGUUCGGUGCUGAAAGCCGAAAUGGCAAAGAAGAACCUGUAUACCAAAAGAGGGCUUUCCAAUGAAGCUGCCGCACAAUUGGGACUCGUGUCACCUCUCUAUUUAUCAAUGGCCCAACAGGCUCAGCAAAUGUCUCGUCGAUCAGUGAUGCAUCAUGCUCCUUCAUAUAGUAGGCCAUCUCCCGAUUUGUAUGAAGAUUAUACCCCGUCAGAAUCCUACAUGGACUAUGGCAUGCAACGACCCACUUCGCCUGGUUUCCCGGACACUCGGUUACAAUAUGGCGGCAUGAUAGGAGGAGGAGUCGAGCCAUCUAUACGACCACCCGUCGAACGAUUCUCACCAUCAGACAUUAUGGAUAAUAGUAUGAUGAGUACACCACAGCAGCAACGAGCAAGCCUACUGUCCCGAGUGACGUCGGCCCAAAACUUGGCUUCGAUAGGAGGUGCCACGCAAACUCCAUUAUCGGCGUCACUUCCCGAACGGCGAUACUCGGAAUCCAAUGCAUUCUAUCGUGGUGUCAACAACAACGGCAACAAUAGCAAUAAUCCAUAUAGUCGACAAAACCAACAGCAGCAGCAACAGCAGUACGUCGCCCCUAUAUAUACCACCAAUGAACCCACUCCACCAACUACACCACCAGGUCAACAGCAGUCAAUUAUAUCUGCAGGAGCAGAGGGAAUCGUUGAUCGGUUUGGAUCAUUCUCACUCACAGCUGAAUCCGAUGGCAAAUCACCGUUACCAUCCAGACCGAGUUUAUUAUCGAGAACUUCGUCAUCCAAUGUAUCUCCUGUAUCACCUGUAUCGAGUUAUGAGGUACUGGAUCCACGUAUUGUUGAUAGUCCGCCGUCAAAUACCUUGUAUGUUGGCAAUGUGCCCAUUACAGCGUUGGAGGAAGAGGUUAGAGCAUUCUUUGCUCGAACUCCAGGAUAUAAAGGUGUAUAUUACAGACAAGGAUUGAAUGGACAGUUGAUGACUUUGGUGGAAUAUGUUGAUAUCGCCUCGUCAACUGCAGCGAUGCAACAAUUGUACGGUCGUCAAAUUGGUGGCAAAGGUGGUGGAAUCUGGAUGUCGUAUUUUGAAGGAUCUCCAUUCGCACCAGCUGGAAGUGGCUCUGUAAUUAGUGGUAACGGAUCGCUACCUCGGGAAGGAAUAAUAGUACUUCCUCAAUCAACGCAAGAAAAGUCUGGAACUGUUACUGCUGGUAGUCAAAGUGCUUUAGCAGUCACAGCGACAACAGCCACAUCAUCUGUCAUAGCAAGCAACAACAGCACCAACAACACAACGACCAACUCUCAAACGUCAUCGUCAUCGUCACCGUCUUCACCCUCUUCAUAUACAUCCAACUCAUUAAAAUCACCACCAUCGACACCUCUACAUGUAUCCAAUAUGUCAUCCGAUAUUCCGCAAAAGUUGCCUCAUGGAUUUUUUGAUGCUCAUGACUCCAAUAAUAGUAAUACAUCAACAACUGCUACGUCAACUUUGGAGACUGAAGCUGUAACAACAGGAGGAGGACAACAACAACAACGAUAUAAUUGA